AUCGCCUCCGGUGACAAGUCUUGAAUUGGAGUAUUUAACCGUAUCAAUCCUCCUACAUACCGAGGCCUCGAACGCAUAGCUCUACCCUCGCUUUAUACUAGUUUAACACAAACCUCCACAAUGUCCCCAUACACCCACCUACCUGCUGUUGAUCCUUCCCUCUUGUCAAACAAACAACAUGCAAGCAUCCUCAAGGAUCCAGAGGUAGACGUUACAAAUGACUAUGGAACCCCUAACCUUCUUUUCUUUUACUUUGUUCCUUUCCUCCCGGAUGACAGAAAGCCCGAUCUUCAAGCUCUGCAAGACGAGAUCCAGUCCUGGAAUGCAUGGGAGCUCGGUCAGACGGAAGUUCAGGUUAGGCACAGGAUUGCGGACAAAUCACUUCCCAGUGAUGAUUCCACCGCUUCCCGUGUGAAACGAACCAACUAUCGAGCCAAGGUCGUUGACUAUCUUAGGGAGUUGAGCGAAACGACAUGGCUCGUUAAAAAUGCCGACAGCCAUAGCGGGCCAUUCUCGGCGGACAUAGACGUGGCCGAAGUGAAUGGAAAGAUCCGAAAUGUACUCAAAGGUUUCUAUGGCCAGGAGUUGCUACCUGCUCAAUUCUCGGUCAUUCUGAACAUCAUUACCGAUCUAAUUGCGUCUCAGCCUGAUACUGACAACAAGUAUUUAUUCACUUACGUCAAUUAUCACUAUGACGAUGAUCAGAAAAUCUUUAAGCCAGAUAUCCGUCAGCUACAGUUCAGUGUAACGCAGACAACCGCGGAAGAAGGGAAGGACACAGUCAAGCUGGACAUAUCGAACUUGAACCAUGUGUACUCUUUGCUGAGAGAGAAAUGGAGGAGUGUCCGCCACGAGGCUGAGGAGAUUAUCGAAGCUGGCGAGAAGAUUCGCAAGGAAAUGGCAUUAAACUUUUAUUUCAGCUAGGGACUGUUUAGCUGUCUGUCCUUUCUUGAUAUUUGGUCCAUGGUCUUGCCCGAUUUCCGAAGCUGCCGGAGGUUAGCGAUGGCGUACGCCACAUCAGUACUCUAGAUGCCUUGGUGGUGCCUUGGUAGGGUGACUCG